AUGUUUGACAGCUCGCAGUACCCCUAUAACUGCUUCAAUGACGACGCCGACGACUACCCUGCCGGCAGCUCCGACGAGGAAAAACGGCUCACAAGGCCAGCGUACAGCUACAUCGCGCUGAUUGCCAUGGCCAUUCAGCAGAGCCCCACGGGCCGUGUGACCCUGUCCGGCAUCUACGACUUCAUCAUGCGCAAGUUCCCUUACUACCGCGCCAACCAGCGCGCCUGGCAGAACUCCAUCCGCCACAACCUGUCGCUCAACAGCUGCUUCGUCAAGGUGCCACGAACCGAGGGCCACGAUAAGGGUAAAGGCAACUACUGGACGUUCGCGGGCGGCUGCGAGUCCCUCUUGGACCUUUUCGAGAAUGGCAACUUCCGUCGGCGGCGCAGGCGACGCGGCCCCAAGCGCGAGGGGCCUCCGGGUCCCCUCGAGCCAGCAGCGCGCGGGUCAACCGGCUCUGAUAACGCGCGAGUUCCAGACCCGGAGGCCCGGGUCAGCCCUGCCACACACAGAGACAUCAAAUUCAGCAUUGACUACAUCCUCUCUUCCCCGGACCCUUUCCCUGCGCUCAGGUCGCCCUGUCACUCGCAGGAAACCAGGUAUCCCGCGGCGCUGGAGCCCCAGCAAAUGAGUUUCCAUUUUUGGGCAGCAUGA